AGAAGCACAUUUCAAACUUUUGGGGAAGAAGUGUGUCCCAUAGAUCAUUCGAUGUGCCCUGCCCCCAGCUCUGUUCACCGAGAGCCCAUCUGCUGUGAGUGCCAGGCCAAAUUUGGGGGCCGCCUGCCGGUGCGCAGGGCUGAGGCAGUGCUGCCUUACUGGGUCCCUCUGUCCUUGACCCGGAAAGCAGGUAUAAAACAUUCUCAGAAGCCCCAGCUGACUUCCUCCCUACCCCCGAAACAAGACUGUUUGCUGAUCCAAAAGAUGGUCCGGUUUUAUGUCCCCAAAACCACCAAGGCAUGCCCCUGCCCAUGCCACCACUUUGGGGGCCGCCUCCCGAUGCCUAGGGAUCAGGCCAUGAUGCCCUACUGGGUGCCCCAGGUCCUGAGGUCUCACAAGAAGGUAGUGAAAAGGCAGCAGAGUUUUAAAGGCAUCCCAGAAGUCCCCCUGGACGUGCGCUCUGGGUACAACCGCUGGCGAAUCUGUGACGGCAAAGGGCGCUGUCUCCUCAAGUGGCAGCAGCUCCAGGCCCUUCACCAGGCUGAGCCGGUGGCCCCGGGGCAGCCAGCAAGCCUCCCGGCCUCCCUCCUGCCCCUCAGCCUCAGCCUCCUGACCCUCCUCCAGGCCCUACUGAGUGUCAUCGUGGCCAUCCGGUGA